AUCUGUAGCCCAUGAAGUCAGUAACGGUGUAAGUACUACUGACGGUAUUGUGUGAUGGGUUGUGGAGCGUCCAGCACAGCUAACUCUCCCACGAUUGACCCAAAUGACGAACGAGAGAACGAAGAAACCCCUGAUCUAUCAGUUUUAAUAGAAAUCCAUGAUGCGUUAUCCAUAGAGGAUACUGCUUCAAUACAAAGAAUUCUAUUUCCCCUAUCUCGGGAGAAAUUGAUUGAACUGGACAAGAGCUAUCGAAAGAAGUACGGUAUCUCCUUUGCUGACUUGCCAGUACUGAAGACAGAUCCUAUUUGGGGAAUGUUUUUCAGUGAAAAUCUAGCGAAACAACAAUUACAGAGGUUCCUAAAUCAGGGUACGGGUGACAUGUUGCUAUUGGUCGAUAUCGUUCUGUCACUGCAGGAUGGUCUGGACUUGCUGAAAGUCUUUAACGAAGAGAUCGUCCGAACGCUAGACUCGAAAUUUGAAACGGAGAAAGACGUCCUGAACCUCAUCAAGUGCUGUGUCCCGGACCGACCACAAAUGGUUAGAUUAAGCGACGAUAGAGAAGUAGAAAUUGCUCACCCAGCAGUGUAUUUUGCCACUCGCCUUCAUGAUCACCUAUCAGAUAGUGAUGUUUCUGAUAUGCUCUACAUCAUUCUGAUGAGGAGAGAGGUAGAUUUGGGGGAGAUAGCUUACAACUACAAAACCAAGUUCUCAGAAUCUCUGUGGGACCACUUCUCUGAGUCCUACCCUCACUUACAACUCCUAGACCUGUCACCUGUCAAGAGGCCAAGCGACAAUUGCUCUCAUAAUUACGAAUUGGAGAUUGUGCAAUCAGAAGUUAUCCUCGAUAAUUCCUCAACCACUGCCACAGAAAACGGAGCAGUAGAAGUUCCUACAAAUGAUGUUUCCUUCGAAAGUGAUGAAUCACCCAAAGCUCUAGUUCUAGAAGAUUCUCCUCCCGAACACUCCUUGGCUCUAGAUUCGAGUUCAGGCCCCAUUUCUGAACCAAGUCCUCUCGUCACUCCUGCCCCUCCUCCAAAUUCUCUUCCAGCGCACGAUCCAUUAGUUCAUCUUACUCCUGUACUUGUUGCCGAGAACAAGCUAACGGAGGUACCAACAGCCAAUGUUACGGUAGACGUUAUCAACUGUAAACCCUCUAACUCUGAUGUCAUAGAAGAUUUUGAUGAGGUUGCGGAAUGUGAGCAAGUGGUGGAGCAUGAAGAGGUCGCAGAAUUUGAGGAGGUCGCGGAACUACAGGAGGUCAAGGAAAUCGAGCAGCUCCCAGAGGAGAUGCAGAGCACUGCCACAAACUCAAAGAUGGUGAUAUCUUUUGAAGAUCAUUUGAAAAUCUUGUACGAUGUCCUCUCUGAAAUCACGCCCAAUGUUGAGAAUAUCAGCCUUGCUUUGGUGGAUGUCGUGUCUCAUGGGCACCACGACAUCGUACACCAUUAUUCAGACACCUAUUGCCAGGAUUUGUUAAAGUCGCUCCAAGAAAAGUUACCAGAGGAUGCUUUCAAAGCUGCACAGUAUCUUCUUUUAAGAUAUCUAAAAGCAUCUGCUUUGCUUUUGAAUGAGGCUAUCACCGAAAAUGAUCACUCAACAGUGGACCAGAUACUUAUGGUUCUUCUGUGUUCUUCGACCAAACAAGUCAGAGAUAUCGUCAAAGAAUUUCCCAUAUCAACAUCGGAAAGGCGGAGUUUGAGCGAGGUCUUGACUGAGAAUCUGCUUGGAGAAUUCCAAAGAUUCAUCGCAGCCUUAUUAAAGGGUGAUCGAGACGAAGAUUCUACAACGAAUGAGACUGUCGCAAAAUCAGAUGCUUGCAGACUUCAUAAGGCCACCGACUUCAAGUGGGAUGGAGAAGAUAACGUAUUUAACGAGGUGUUUAUCAAGCGUAAUAUGAAACAACUCAAGUUAACCUUUACACUGUUCUCCGAGGAAUCAGGACAGGACAUCACGGAGCUUAUUCUCCAAGAAUUCACUUUCCAUCUACAAAAAGCGCUAUUGAAUCUAGUGUACACUGCAAACAACGGACUAACGACGUUUUUAGCGAAGUUUGUGUUCGAGUCUAAAUCAAAAUCACACUUCUCCUCAGUGCUGCUUUGGAUUGUUUCUGCUAGAUAUGACGUAGACUUAAAAGAAAUCGCCUCUGAAUAUAAUAUAAAAUAUGGAUCUCCAUUGACCGACUUGAUUGACGGGGCCAAUUUAUCAGAGGACUGUCGGACCCUUUUUAUAAUACUAUGUCAGUCCCUGAGGUAGAUCUAGGCGUUCAUCGUAAUAGACGCGCCUUAGAGUACAAAGUUGGCGAUAGUUUGUAGAUCAGUGAGUGAUAUGAGAUACAGUUUAAGUGAGAUAAGAUGCAGGAAAAAAGAUGAUGCAUUAUUUUAAGCAUGAAAUUAAACGUUUUGUGUUUGCCAGAGCUAAUUUUGAUUUGUUGAAGUGAAUCGCUGCCCUGAUCAUGAUAUCCGAUGUAUAGAAUUAGAAUGUACAUUUAGCACUAUGUAGGGUUUUACAUUAUUGUACAGUUUACACUUAUCAAUACAAGAAUGAGAUUAAAUGACUUUCGUUCUAAACCUUAGAUAAAACUUUAAUAACAAUUAUUUAUCGGUUUAACUUGAAAUUUAACUUUUUUGCAAUAUUUAGUUAUCUCGAAUGAUUAAGAUAAUACAUAGCCUUCUUCAUCGAAUCUUCAUGUUAUGCUCGAUGUGAUGAUGUAAAUUAGAUUUUGACGUUACUUUGGUUACUAAUGUUGCUUAGUUACAUGAGGAAUGAGGGAAAUUGAUUGUCUAUUUAUUUUAGAAGUGUUUAAGUUAAAGCCUUGACUUCGGCUAUAGGAAGAUCAAUUAACAACAAGCAUCUUACAGAUGACAGCCAUCGAUUAAUCGGGCAAAUUUUAAAAGACAACUCUCAUUUUGUAAACCCGGGCUGUAAUCAAAUAUACUUCGAGUUUAAGAAUUUAAUGAUGUAAUAUCUUACGGUUUAUGGUCUUUAUUAUUUAUUGGUUUGUUGUUGAACUUUAAUAGAUUACUUUCGCAGGUUGAAAAGUAAGUUUACUGAAAUUUCCAAAAUAUUUGUGGAACUGUGUUCCGAAGCUCAUUUUUGUAAAUACAACAGAGCACGCAUGUUUUAUUUAAGAACAUUUUUACGCUAUGAAUGUUUCAAGAUUAUUUCUUUCAAUUGUUCUGGAAUUUAUGAUGAACUGUAACACGACAAAUUGGUGUUUCUAAGAUCCUAAAUAAUUACAAAUGAUAUGUCAGGUUAUAUGAAAAUUUUGUGUACUUUAUCUAUUACAGCUGUAAUAAUUA